UCCUCACAGAGUCUCCGACGCCAACCCGAGUAGGCUGCGUCCCGUCAGCGCACCAAGUAAACAACCGCGAGUGUGUGAAGUUUUGUGAGAAUCAAAACAGUGUCCAACAUGGGUUGUGGUACGAGUUUUGUGAAAUAUGUGCUGUUCUUCUUCAACUUGUUAUUCGCGCUGAUCGGCAUCGCCAUGGUGGGCAUCGGCGUGGCAGUCGUGCUCAACUGGCAGGUGGUGAAGGACGCCUCCCGAGGCCUCAACGUGGCUCCCUGGCUGUUCAUCGUCAUCGGGGCUGUGGUCUUCCUCAUAUCGUUCUUCGGGUGCUGCGGAGCUAUCCGCGAGAGCCACUGCAUGGUUGUCACGUACGCGAUCUUCCUGAUUGUGAUCAUCAUCGUGGAAGUGAUCCUGGCCGUGUGCAUCUUCGUGUACGCCGACAGCAUCAAGCACGCGCUGAAGACUGGCAUGGACAGGUCCUUCGAGGAGGGCCGCUCGCUGAACCCCAACCCCUUCCACCAGAUUGAGCGUCAGUUGUCCUGCUGCGGCAAGACCGGCCCCAUCGACUACAACGUCCAGGCCGUCGCCAACCUGCCCCCAGAAUGCUGCGACCAGGGCUCUCAAGUGUGCUCCAUCGUCAACGCCUACUCCACCGGAUGCACCACCAGAAUGCUGGACUACUAUGACAAAUCGCACAAGGUCAUCGCUGGAAUCACUAUUGGAGUCGCUUGUGUUGAGGUUAUAGGAGCGCUGUUCGCCCUGUGUCUCGCCAAUUCCAUUAGAAACAUGGACAGAAGGUCUCGCUACUAAUAUUUUGUACAUUAAAACUGGUACGCCUAAAACGAAGACAUCACGAAACAUUCGAAUAAGAACAAUAAGGGAUAUUUACGAAAGAAACUCACCACACUAUGUUAUGUACAAGUUAAUUAAGUUAGAUAACUGUUAAAAAGCUAGAACGGUCAAGUAUGGCCAAUUAAUUACGUGUGUCAUUCCUAUUGCCUUUAUACCCUUUUGUACUUUAUGUACUUUAGUAUCUAUACCAGGGGUCACCAAUUAGUUUCGCUCGGGGUCUGUAUUAAGAAAUGAAAUGACCAUCGCGGUCCGCACAACAUUUUAUAGAAAAAAUAUUUUUUAAACAAAUGUAAUUACAGAAAUAACAAAGGUAUUUUUUUACAUAUCAAUGAGAAAAAUGACAUUUUUUGUUGCGGACUAUCUGGACUAUCUUAGCUAGUGACUUCGCCCGGCCGUUUUCAAAUUGACGUCAACAAAGAUAAUGCGGGGGAUACAUUUUUAUUUUAAAUUACGUACUCUGUAGUGCAAAAGUUGCUGUGUUCUCGCGGUCCGCACAAAAUGGGUCGGCGGUCCGGAUGCGGACCGCGGUCCGCCAUUUGGCGACCCCUGAUCUAUACGGUAUAACAUCAAUAAUUUUAUAAUCAACUUUAAUGCAUAAUUCCUAAUAGAGUUUAAAUCAAUUGGAUUACGUAACCUACGGAAUUAGUUGCGCGUAAAAAAUACCUACCUCAAAAUGUUUUCAUGCAACUUUUACACGCACAUGUCUUAUGAACAUUUUGAGGCAAAUGAGUUUAUUAGAGGCAGUACGAAUGAUACAAAAUAUACGCCUACCCUUUAGAAUAAACAAUGUUUAGUUUUUGAGAUUGACUGAAAUAGUGCCAGGAUUAAAUGUGUACUGUUAAAAGGUGGCACAAAUUGCGUUUUGCUGUAUUCCCUUUUAGAAAAUAAUUUAUCUAUGCCGACCAUAGUGAAUGUAUGGUACGCAACAUUACAGACUUCUAUGGUAUUUAUUGCGGAUCUUCCAUUUUUGUUGACCAGCACAGGUUUUAUUUUAAUUUUGACAUGAAUUUUAAAUAUAAACCAUGCUCUACCUUCAUUUGAUUAUGUUUGUUGCAUUAAAACAAUUGUUAAGUUUAGUUAAGAAAUUGUUUGUAAUUUUACAAUACUGUAUUUAAGAACUAUAAUAAAAGUAUUUUCAUACUAUUCAAUGUUGUACGUCCAAUUUACAAUACUUAUAUUUAAAGUGUUAAAAUUUAUAUGCAUUUCUAUUACAAUGUGAUUUAAUAGGUGUUGCCUUACUAGCAUGUAUAUAAAUAGUUAUUUUAUCGUAUCGGGAACAAGUGUCUGUUUAACGUGUUUUGAAUCUCGUGCAUUUCCAAUGAUAUCGCUUUUGUGAAUGAUACUGUUCUGUAUGGCGAAAUUAAAUUUUCUACUAUUAA